AUUCAUGCUUUGUGAUUGUGUUUAACUGCUUGUCUGCCCGAUCCUUUACUUGAAAUCUUAUUGGGUUCUUGUUAUCUUUUGAUUUUUCAUUCACUGCAUGAAAUUUAGGUUAAAACUCUAUGUCAGACUGUGUUUUCCUUUACUGGAAUUAGUUGGGGUUCUUGAUUUUAUGAAAGGUUUAGUGGGUUCAUUGAUUUGAGUGUAAAUUGACUCCCAACCCAACUAAUUGGUUGUUUGAUCGAUUGGAUUUGUGAAAGUUGCAUAUCCCUUUUUGAAGCUUUCAUAGAUGAUUUAACUGCUGGUUCUAAAGAUGCCAAUAAUUAGCAUUGAUUAUCUUAUCCAUUUAUUGCUACAUCAUACCAGAAUUAGGAACAUUGCUCCUGAUCUUAAGCCCACUUUCUUUGAUGCAUCUCUCAUGUCAAUCUUGGCUGGCAUCUGUCUCCUAACAACAUUGAUGAAGAUUGUGUCAGAACCUAUAAGUUCUGGUAGAAUUUAUGAUUAAGAUAUCUAAUCAAAGGGGUCUUAAUUCUAUAUCUUGAUCAUUUAUUUAUAUGUCGUUGAUGUGAGUAAUGGAACAUACCAUAACUUGUGAACAAGAAAGGGCAUGCAUUUCUCUUUGAUCAAAGAUCACUCCAUCAGUAGGUAAAGUUGAUCAAACAUAGCCGCUUACUAAUUUUACAAACUGAAGCUGCAAAGGUAUGUUUUCAUGCUGCUAUUUUUUGGUUUAUUCCCACUUAUUUGUGGUUCAUUUUUGCAGCAAAGGUUGAAACAUAUAUCCACUAAUAGGAAAAUGUCCGAGGAGAAUUCUUUAAUUGCUGAAUCACCUAGAAGGCGUUCUGGUCUACUAAGAGAUCAAGUUCAGUUGGUUAAAAAGAAGGAUUCAUCUCGUUACGAGAUUGCUCCCAUCCAAGAUCCUCUUUCAUUUGAGAAGGGUUUCUUCGUAGUGAUCCGUGCAUGCCAGUUGUUGGUUCAAAAGAAUGAGGGUAUUUUAUUAGUCGGUGUAGCAGGUCCAUCCGGGGCUGGGAAGACUGUAUUUACAGAUAAAGUCCUUAACUUUAUGCCCAGCAUUGCUGUUAUAACAAUGGACAACUACAAUGAUGCAACACGUAUUGUCGAUGGCAACUUUGAUGAUCCAAGGCUGACAGAUUACAACACAUUACUUGAAAAUAUCCAUGGACUAAAGGAAGGGAGGACGGUUGAAGUUCCCAUAUAUGACUUUAAGUCCAGUUCACGAAUUGGUUACAGAACACUCGAAGUUCCUUCUUCUCGCAUAGUGAUUAUCGAAGGGAUUUAUGCGCUUAGUGAAAAACUACGACCAUUGCUAGAUCUCCGUGUCUCUGUCACUGGUGGAGUACACUUUGAUCUUGUGAAGCGGGUUUUGAGGGACAUUCAACGUGUUGGACAAGAACCCGAAGAAAUAAUUCAUCAAAUAUCUGAAACGGUAUAUCCUAUGUACAAAGCUUUUAUCGAGCCUGAUCUUCAGACCGCACAUAUAAAAAUCAUCAACAAGUUCAAUCCUUUCUCAGGAUUCCAGAAUCCAAGUUAUAUUUUGAAGUCCAAAAAGACUGUGACCCCAGAGCAGAUGAAGGCGGUUCUCUCUCAAGAACAUCAAGAAAGAAAAGAAGAAACUUACGAUAUAUAUCUUCUACCACCCGGUGAAGAUCCUGAAGCCUGUCAAUCAUAUCUGAGGAUGAGGAACAGGGAUGGGAAAUACAACCUAAUGUUUGAGGAGUGGGUGACCGAUAGUCCAUUCAUCAUAUCACCUAGAAUCACCUUUGAAGUGAGUGUGCGUCUUCUUGGUGGGCUAAUGGCUUUAGGAUACACGAUUGCUGCUAUACUCAAAAGAAGUAGCCAUAUUUUCUUCGAUGAAAAGGUCUGUGUGAAAACCGAUUGGUUGGAGCAACUUAAUCGCACCUAUGUUCAGGUGCAAGGAAGAGACCGUUUGUAUGUCAAAUAUAUUGCAGAGCAGCUCGGGUUAGAUGGUACAUAUGUUCCUCGCACCUACAUAGAACAAAUACAGCUAGAAAAAGCCGUAAAUGAUGUGAUGACAUUGCCAGAUGAUCUGAAAACGAAGCUUAGUAUCGAUGAUGAUUUGGUUUCAAGCCCCAAAGAAGCGUUAUCUCGUGCUUCUGCUGAUAGGAGAUCCAAAUACCUCAACCGGGGUGGUGCGCACUCGCUAUCUACACGUGAACGGAAUUUAUCAAAGCUGACAAAACUUUCCAUUAAUAGUAGGAGGUUCGACGGGAGGACCCCUGAUUCACCAGCACCCGUUGCAAAUCAAGGAGUCAUCACUCACCUCUCGGAACAAAUUUCCACUCUCAACGAAAGGAUGGAUGACUUCACAUCUCGUAUCGAAGAACUAACUUCGAAAUUUUCUGAAAGAAGAGUCCCUAGCCAUCAAAAUAUGGCUAUGGCCGGCCAGGCCGAAUCCUGCAACGGUUCGGCAACUUCACUGUUCAUGGCCGGGCUGGGAAACGGUUCAUUGACCGGACAACUGCUACCCAAUUCCGCAUCUUCUAACCAGUUGGCUCGAGAAUCUCCCCUCAUGGAAGAGGUGUUACUGAUAGCAAGGGGGCAACGACAAGUGAUGCAUCAGAUAGACAACUUAAGUAACUUGUUACGUGAGUAUGGUGUAGAACGGUCUCAGCAAGAUCGGGGGGCAGAAAAGAGGAACCGAUUGAUGGAGAUUGAAUCGUUUGGGAUACCGUUCAUCGUAACAUUGACGAUUGGUGGGUUGGGUUUCUUGUUGUGUAGGAGUCUGUAUUCUCAAAAGUAACCAGUCUCUUGAAAAGUUUACUUACUCAAAUAAAUUGGGGAUCAAAGUAUAAGGUAUUACCACUUUAAUGU